AUGGACAAAGGAACGUUACUUAAAGCCCUUGGCGGCACAUUGGAUGCCAAUCCGCAGGUUAGAAAACAAAGUGAGGCGGAAUUGCACACCUUUGAACAACAGCCGGGGUUCACCGCCUACUUGCUUGAUUUGAUCGUGGAAGCCGACAUUCCGCUAGGCAUCAAGAUCUCUGCUGCUAUUUUCUUCAAAAACCGUGUGGUUAACUACUGGUUGCAGCCGGAAAACAAAGCACCUUCCCCCAUUUGCAUUCGUGACAAUGAAAAGGGGGAUAUCAAGGAGAAGUUGAUUACUACCUUGUUCAAGAGCUACAAAAACACACAAAUUAGAAUACAGUUAGCCACGGCGUUGAAUUCAAUCUUGAGUUCCGAGAAGUGGGAGGAGUUGACUUUGAUAAUCAAGGACUUGUUGAAGGAUGUCCACGAUGUCGACCGUGUGUACACCGCCUUGAUUUGUGUGUACGAGUACACCAAGAAUUAUAGAUGGGCCGGUUUGGAAACCGGUUCAAACCCGGUAUUGGAGGAAAUCACCAACGAGAUAUUCCCCUUGCUCGAAUCGUUGACUAAUAAGUUACUCCAAAGCGAUGACAGAAUCGCCGAUGAAAUGCUUUAUCUUAUCAUCAAGACAUUCAAGUUUACUACAUAUUCCGCCAUGCCCACUUACUUCCAAGACAUGAAUAAGUUGGGACAAUGGUGUCAGAUCCACAUUGUGAUCAUCAAUAAGCCAUUACCGCAGGAAAUAUUGGAUGAAGACGCCGACCAAAGAACCUUGCAUCCAAGAAUCAAGACCAUCAAGUGGUGCUUUGGAAACUUCCACAGAUUAUUGAGCAGACACGGAGGUGGUGUAAUCACCAAGGAAAAGAAGACCAGUCAGUUUGCCCAAAAUUUCUUGUCGAAUUUCGUGCCCGAAAUAUUAUCAGUUUAUUGGAAAGUUAUCGAGAACUGGUCAACUAAAACCGUGUGGUUGAGCGAAGCCUCCUUGUUUCAUUUGAUUUCAUUCUUGGAACAAUUGAUAGAAACUCCUGCCUGGGAUUUAAUCAGUGAUAAAUUGGAUGCCAUUAUAAGACAUGUCCUCAUGCCUACUCUUUCUGCCAAUGAGGAAACCAUAGAGUUAUACGAAGACGAACCGGAAGAAUACAUUAGACGAUUCUUUGACAUCAAUAGAGAAAGCAACACUGCCGAUGUUGCUUCGAUCAACUUUAUUUACAGAAUUGCUUCCAAGAAGUUUAGACUGACGAUUAACUUAGUUUUAAAUAUCAUUAACGAAAUAUUGAGUUUGAGAGGUAACGACAGAAACAAUUUGGAAAUCGCCAUGAAGACCGAAGGUGCAUUCAGAAUCUUAUCUACCGUUUCAUACAAAUUAGAUGUUAAGUUGUCGCCCAUUUGCGGACAAGUUGACAAAGUCUUGCACACGUUUGUCUAUCCGGAAUUAUUGCCAGAAUCAUCAGCCAAAACUCCAUGGUUGACUGCUAGAGCUUGUGAUACUUUGGCUAUUUUCAAUACUCACAAGUAUACCGAUAUGGCCAUCUUGCAAGACAUUUUCCAAGGUGUUGUUUCAUGUUUCUCUAACGACGACCAAUUCCCAAUUCAAUUGACUGCUGCCGACGCCUUGUGUACUUUGGUCGAAGAAGAUCUUGUUGCUGAACAUGUCUCUAAGCAAGCACCACAAUUAAUGGGUAACUUGUUGGAAAAGUCCAAGAAGUUUGAAAGCGACAUCUUGACUAAUGUUAUGGAUACAUUUGUGCAAAAGUUUGCCAAGGACUUGGAACCAUAUGCUGUGGAAUUGGCUACUCAAUUAGUGGACCAAUUUAUGAGAUUAGCAGCCGAGAUUUUGGAAAACACGGGUGGCGACAUUGAAGAUAAGGAGUAUCAAGCUGCUAGUAUUUUAAGUACAUUGACUACCUUGAUCAUUGCCAUGAUUCAUUCUCCUAAAGUUGGUGUUUCUCUUGAACCAGUACUUGAAAAUAUGAUCAAAGUCGUGUUGGAAAAUGCCAUGGUGAAUUUCUUGACAGAAACCAUUGAAAUCUUAGAAUCAUUGUUGUUUAGUUCUCAUGAUGUUUCACCAACCAUGUGGCUGAUUUUCCAAGUGGUGAUUGAAUCAUUUGAAACUUAUGCCUUUGAAUAUUUCAGUUUCUUCCAACCAUUCUUUGAAGGAAUUAUAAAUUAUGGGUUCACCAAAGCCACCAUGGACAGUCCAUACGUGCAAUCAUUCUUGAAUGUCUGUUUCAACAUGCUCAAGUCUGACGAUUUGGAUCCAUUGUUUGCCCAUUCUGCAUUUGAAGAUAUCGAAUUGACCAUCUUGGCUAUGGGCCCAAGGUUUGUUCCUUUCUUACAAGCAUUCUUGCCGGAGAUCUUUGAUAUUUUCAGUAAACUUGAAUCGGAAAACAUGUUUGACGGAUACAUGUUGCAUCAUUUAUCUAUCCUUCGUGUGUUGUUUGCAUCCAUCUACAUUGAUCCAGUCACCACGGUGCAAUUCCUCACCUCGAAGCAAUUCCUCGCUAGUUUUUACAAAUUAUGGUUGAGACACAGUGAUGAUUUCCAAAGUGUCUACGGAUGCAAAUUGCAAAUAUUGGCCAGCUUGUCAUUAGUCAAUAGCCAAGCCAUCACGAUGAUCCCUGAGGAUUUGGUUGGCGAAACUGUCGAUUUACUCUUGGGCAACAUUGCCGCGUUGCCUAAUGCCAUCAAGGCCAAGAACUUGAUCCUUGCGCAAGAAUCAAGCAGCAAACAGCCACAAUUGGGAGCUACUGGGGAAGACGACGAGGAAGACGACUAUGAAGGGGUAGAUUACGAAGACGAUUUAGAAGCUGACGAAGCGGAAUUGGAAGCCAUGAAACAAACUCCGAUCGAUGAAGUCAAUGUGUUCCAAGAGUUUACUUCUGCGUUCUUGUCUAUGCAACAGCACGAUUCACGCAAGCAUCAAGUGUUGUUUGGCGGUAUUGAAGAUAGCAAGAAGGAGUUGAUUGAGCAUUUGAUUAAUAUCACCAGGGAACAUAACUAA